CUCAGGCUCUUGGAUAAAAAUGGGUAGGCCUUUAGCCUUCCUCUCGACUGAGAGCAGGAAGAAUCGAGAACCCUGAAACCCUAAGCCAGGAUGGAUAGGGUUCACGAGAGAGAGGCAUCGAGCAGAAAGAGCAGAGAAGAAAGGGAGAGAGACAGAGAUAGGGAUUCCACCAAAGAUCAUUACAAAGACGUUGAUCGUCAUCGAGAUCGAGAUAGGGACCGUGACCGUGAACACAAGCAUCGAGCCAAAGAUGGUCGAUCCAGGGAAUCCGAAGAACAGUACCAUAGUGAUAAACACAGAGAUGUUCGAUCGAGAGAGUCCGAAGAACGGCAUCACAGUGAUAAACAUAGAGACAUUCGAUCGAGGGAAUCCGAAGAACGGCUCCACAGCGAUAAAUACAGAGAAGAGAAACGUUCAUCCAGGGAUGAGAAGCAUCGAGAUGGAGAUCGGGGCCGAUUGAAGGACCAUUUGCAGGAUUAUGAGUCGAAGCGCGAGCGAUCUCAUGAACCCAGAGAAGGGAGAGAAGGCAGCCGGGAUAGGAAUUUCCGGGAAGGAUCGGUGGAAAAACGAUCGUCUUCUUCGCACAAGAGAAAAGAGCGCGAAGGAAGCGAGGAUCGGACGGAUAAGAGUGACAAGAAAGUUAGAGUUUCGGAUGGAGCGAAAGAAGAGAGGAGAGAGAGAAGGCGAUUUGGAGAGAAGGCUGUCGACGACUCCAAGGGUAUGAAUGGAUUUAGUAGGGAGGAGAGGGCAGAGGAUCAGAAAUCCCAUGAUGGAUUCAAGGAAGAAGAGAAGAAAGAUCUGAUUGGGAGUGUUAGGACAGAGAAAAGAGAGAGACGGAGAUUCGAGGAUCGAGCCAAGGAAGACGAUAUGAUUGCUACUGAAGAAGGAAAACAUCCCGUUUCAGUUGGGGCAUCAGAAAAGAAACAGGGAAUGGCUGAACAGGUAAAUAAUGCUCAGAGCAAUGUUACUCCAAGUGGAAGCGAUUCCAUUGCUCAGGAUUCUUCUUUGGAACCACCUAAUCAGAUAUCAAGGGCCAUGCCUGAGAAUUCUGUCCCCAAUCUUCCCACAGCCACAAAGGUAUCUUCAAUUUCUACCACCAAUGAAAAUAAGGGAGUUAGUAUUACCAGAUCUCAUGAGGUUCAUGGAAACUCCAGUACAGAUGGAACAACUUCAGCUGCUGGCAAGAGUGCAAGUCUGUCUCUUGAUGCUUUAGCAAAAGCUAAGAAAGCUUUGCAGAUGCAGAAGGAAUUGUCUGAAAAGCUGAAGAAGAUACCACAGUUAAAUAAAAGUGGAAGCUCGGAUGGUGGCCAGCAGCCAGGGUUAAACAAAGAGGCAUCAAAAACCCCAUUGUCAAGCAUAGGGAGGCAGCAAGGAUCUGUACCACCUAUCACUGCUGCUGUAGGUGUGUCUACUUCACCUGCUGCAUCUGUGAAACCUCCUACGGCUGGCAUGGUUACUCUUGCUGGGCUAACAGCACCCAACUAUGAAGCUGUAAAGAGGGCCCAAGAACUUGCUGCCAAGAUGGGAUUUCAUCAGGACCCACAAUUUGCGCCUUUGAUAAACAUGUUUCCUGGGCAUACGACAACAGAUGUUGCUGUUCAGCCAAAACCAGCCAAGGUUCCUGUUCUUCGUUUGGAUGCACUUGGCAGGGAGAUUGAUGAACAUGGAAAUGUAGUCGAUAUGCCUAAACCAACAAAUCUCAGUACCUUAAAGGUCAAUAUCAACAAACAGAAAAAGGAAGCAUUUCAAAUUCUUAAACCAGAGCUGGAUGUGGAUCCAGAAACUAAUCCUCAUUUUGAUGCAAGAAUGGGCAUCAACAAGACCAAGCUUUUGAGGCCUAAGAGGAUGUCAUUCCAAUUUGUAGAGGAAGGUAAAUGGUCAAAACAAGCAGAGAUUAUUAGAUUUAAGAGUCAAUUUGGAGAAGCACAAGCUAAAGAGCUGAAAACAAAGCAAGCACAGUUGGCAAAAGCAAAGGCAGAGCCUGAUAUCAAUCCGAAUCUGAUAGAAGUAUCAGAGAGAGUUGUCACUAAAGAAAAGCCAAAGGAUCCAAUCCCUGAUGUAGAGUGGUGGGAUCUGCCACUUUUGCUUUCUGGAACCUAUUGUGAUAUCAUUGAAGGUAAAAUUACUGAAGAUAAACUAAAAAUGGACAAGAUCACAAUUUAUGUUGAACACCCACUCCCUAUUGAGCCCCCAGCUGAACCUGCCCCACCACCUCCACAACCUCUGAAGCUGACUAAGAAGGAGCAGAAGAAAUUGCGGACACAGCGUCGUCUAGCUAAGGAAAAAGAUAGGCAGGAGAUGAUAAGGCAAGGUCUAAUAGAGCCUCCAAAGCCGAAGGUUAAGAUGAGCAAUCUUAUGAAAGUUCUUGGCUCUGAAGCGACGCAGGAUCCCACAAGGCUUGAAAUGGAAAUAAGGAGUGCAGCUGCUGAGCGUGAACAAGCUCAUGUUGACAGGAAUAUUGCGCGCAAGCUCACCCCAGCAGAACGCCGUGAGAAAAAAGAGAGGAAGCUCUUUGAGGACCCAAAUACACCGGAGACUAUUGUUUCUGUUUACAAGAUCAAUGAUCUCUCACAUCCCCAAACCCGCUUUAAGGUUGAUGUAAACGCCCAGGAGAACCGGUUGACAGGUUGUGCUGUGAUAUCAGAUGGCAUUAGUGUGGUGGUUGUGGAAGGUGGCAACAAGCCUAUUAAAAGGUAUGGGAAGCUUAUGCUCAGGCGAAUAAACUGGGCUGCAUCUGUGGUGAAUGAAGACGAUGAUGGUGAUGAAGACGAGGACACACCAAUCAACAGGUGUGUGCUUGUGUGGCAAGGUAGUGUUGCUAAACCGAGUUUCAAUAGGUUCACUGUUCAUCAGUGUAGGACUGAAGCUGCUGCAAAGAAGGUGUUCUCUGAUGCAGGGGUUGCUCAUUAUUGGGAUCUGGCCGUUAAUUUUACAGAUGACCAAAUGUAGAUGAAAGAACAGAUGAAGCGAAAAAGGGGCGGGGUUAGGGUCUACUUUUUUUUUUGGUGGGUAAGCGAAUUUUGGAUGCGACGGACUGAUCGAUCAUAUGUAGUUAGCGUAGACCGGAAAAUUCUCAUUUCAAGCUCUUGCCUUCUUUGAAUCUGAAUUGGUGUGUUCCUUCGUUACCUUCUCUCAUAAUUGGUUUUCUGGUAGAGAUCAAGCACAGUUGCUUUAUAUAUUGAUUUAUUAUGUUUCAUACUAUUUUUAGUAUUCUUUGGAAGCUACAAGGUGAAAGAAAGAUCGAGAAUGUUUGAGAUA